AUGCGUCUGAACAGUCUUCUGGGCCUGGGUGGUCUGGGCCGCAAGAGCGAGAAGCCCGCUGAGUCGAAGCGCCACAAGCGCCUUGAUGUGCUUGAAUCUCUGGGCGUCGGUCAGAGCGCCACCGGGCAAAAGCCAACAACAAGAUCCUCUGCCAGGGACGCUGUCCAGUCUUUGAGCGGAUCAAGCUCGGACAAGGAAGAGCUAAGGAAAUGGCUGGCUGGGGAGGAUACCGCUUCUUCUGCUGCCGCUGAUGUUCCUGCACCCUCACCGGCUGAGGACGCACAGGCAGACGCACCGGCAGAAGCUCAAGAUGCCGCAGCAUCUGAUGCAGUGCCAGAAAACUUGCCACAUGCUACAGCAGCAGAGCCGCAAUCUGCUACGGUGGAGAUGGAUACUAAGGCUGUGCCAAGGCCUCUCAUCAACUGGCGGGAGGCUUUCACAAAGGCAAAAGACCAGUGGGCAGUGGCAGAGGGAGGUGCCCGCUGUUUCUACCACCUUUCGGACAAAGGCCUCUUCUUCGAGUGGGACCAGCAAGCGGGGCUCUUGUUCCAGUACUUCUUCGGCAAUGGGGAGGAGAGGAGCGUGCCGGUUGGCGAUGACGAGUUGCCGGAGCGGGGUCCCAUUUGGUCCAGCGAGUGUCCGGACACACACUCGGAGGUUUGGGAGGUGUUGCCUCUGCCGCCCACGGAUCCGUCUGCUAAGGUGACAGACGCCAUAGUUCAAGAAGAUCUCCAGACCCUCCAGACUCCAUCAGCAGCAGGAGGAGAAAGUCCGAAGGAGGCGGAAGAAGCUGCGCCCCCGCCCUCCAAGAAGAGGAAGAAGCCGCUGCCCCCCGUCCCUGUGAUGGCGCCCGCAUCCACAGCAGAUGGGGACGAUGAUGACGAUGACCUCCGGCAAUCCACUGAGCCCGAGGACGAGGAGGUUGACAUUGCUGGCUCUUUCGUGCUGGACGAGGAUGAGGAGGCCGCUGACUUGGCCUCUGAAGACUGCGCCCUUCCUGCUGCACCAGCAGACAAAGCCGAACCUUCGGCAGCCGAUCUAGAGUUGGAUAUGUUCGCCGACCUCUGA